AGCAGUGUGGUUAAGGUUUGGUUUAAAAUUUAAGAAGAUAAAUUGUAGAAAUAGGCGGAGUUUAUGACUUUGUGGCUGUGUUAACUAGUGAAAACCAAAACGUAAUUUGUGGUGGCUGAAGUAAAAGGAAUGUAAAUGUCGGAGGACCAGGAAGCCCAGGAGGAUGAGUUGCUUGCUCUAGCGAGUAUUUACGAUGAAGAGGAGUUUCACAGAGCCAAAUCUGCACAGGGCGGUGAGAUACAACUAUGCCUUGAACUUCCUCCUAGUUUCAAGUUGAUAGUCGAUGGAAACAAGCAGACCGAAUAUGACAUAUCUUUCCUACCUCCUCUGGUGCUUAACUUUGAACUUCCUGCUGACUACCCUUCUUCCUCAUCUCCGGUCUAUACACUAAGUUCCAAAUGGCUGUCAAGGGACCAGAUGACUUCUCUAUGCAAGCGCCUGGAUGGGCUGUGGGAGGAGAACCAGGGCUGUGUUGUUCUCUUCACAUGGAUCCAGUUCCUUAAGGAGGAGGCCUUUGCCUUCCUCGACGUCAAGUCUCCCCUGGAGGUGGUCAAGGGGGGCAACGCUCCGGUGGAAUGGAAGAGGAGUGAGGCUGGUGUGAAGCGGGCGGGGAGUCUAACCGGGGAGAAGGAUAAACUGGAGCCCCUGCUGGAGCUGGACCCCCGUGCUGUCCUGGUGGUUGACCCCCGUACUGAUAUCCUACCUCAGCUCCUGGACUUUGAUGAAGCUCAGCGGCAGAAGGUGUUUGACGCCAAGGCGUUCUGCUGUGGUAUCUGCUUCAUGGAGAAGCUGGGCUCGGGCUGCCUGUGCUUUAAGGAAUGCCAGCAUGUGUACUGCAAGACCUGCAUGACGGAAUACUUCCAGAUUCAGAUCCGCGACGGCAACGUUCAGUGCCUUAACUGCCCCGAGCCCAAGUGCACCUCCUUGGCUACACCCUCACAGGUCAAGCUCCUUGUCGGGGAGGAGUUGUUUGCGCGUUAUGACCGCCUUCUGCUUCAGUCCAGCCUGGAUCUGAUGGCUGACGUAGUGUACUGCCCUCGCCAGUCCUGCUGCCAGGCUGUGAUGGUGGAGCCAGACACCACCAUGGGCAUUUGCCCAGCCUGCCAGUACGCCUUCUGCACCCUCUGCAAACGGGGAUACCACGGCCUGUCCCACUGCAAGGUCACAGCGGAUGAGCUGCGAGGCCUGCGGGAUGAGUAUAUAUCUGCCAGUGCUGAGGGGAAGAAGUUCAUGGAGCAGCGCUUUGGGAAGCGGGUCAUCCAGCGUGCUGUGGAGGAAUCCUUCAGCAGGGAUUGGCUUAAUGAGAACUGUAAAGGCUGCCCUCGCUGUGGCACUAAUAUACAGAAGGUUGAUGGCUGCAACAAGAUGACUUGCACCUCGUGUAAGCAGUACUUCUGCUGGCUGUGUCUGGGCCAGCUCACACGUGUCAACCCCUACAGCCACUUCAACAACCCCUCCUCGCCUUGCUUCAACCAGCUGUUCCAGGGUGUGGAUAUUGAUGAAGAUGAUGCCUUUUGGAGUGAUGAAGAGGACUGAUGUGCAAUACCUCCCAUGCGUGCUUCAUUUGUAUGCACUUUAACCGCCCAUGGAUUUAGCCAAUACAAUUUCUCACCAUCAUUGAUCAGGCAUUUACUUACUCAAAAUACAUCAGUCAUUUCUGAUGGUUGAAUGGCUAGCGGAGAGCAAUUCCAGUUAGAAGUAGGCACAUUACCUUACUCCAAACAGCAGUCAAAUACUCAGGGCCAGUAUUUUUCUGAAAGAAUACUCGUGAAGAGAGUGUGAGCGAGUGUACCAAAAACGAAUGGGUUACAGUGUGUUUAGAUGAUUUGAACAGAUAACGUUGGUAUGUUUUAUCAAUCUCAAUAUGAAAAGGAAAUUCAGGGAUCCGGGGGUGAAAUCUUUCAAUCAAGAACAGAGGACAACAUUUUGGGAUAAUGUUUGUACAAUUUAAUGUCUGUCCUUUAGAACCACUUUAAUCAUGAUGAGUUAACUCUCUGUAUACCCGGAUACCAUCCAAACCAUGAGCUCACAGCUUGAUGUAAAAACAAAAGGGUGAAUAAAGCUUUGCCAAAUGUGACAUUCA